GACUUCAUAAAUUAGCACCGAGAAGGUCAUUUUUAUUCAUCGCCGGCGAAGAUACUACAGCGAAAAGGUUCUUUUAAAAGAAACUGUAUCAGAAAUUAUUCCUACGACUACAACAGAUUAAACCAUGCAAAUCUUUGUGAAAACCUUGACUGGCAAGACCAUCACCCUGGAGGUAGAGCCCAGUGACACCAUUGAGAAUGUGAAAGCCAAAAUCCAGGACAAGGAAGGCAUCCCUCCUGACCAGCAGAGGCUCAUUUUUGCAGGCAAGCAGCUGGAAGAUGGCCGUACCCUCUCCGACUACAAUAUUCAGAAAGAAUCUACCUUGCACUUGGUCCUGAGGCUGAGGGGUGGUAUGCAGAUCUUUGUGAAAACCCUGACUGGCAAGACCAUCACCCUGGAGGUGGAGCCCAGUGACACCAUUGAGAAUGUGAAAGCCAAAAUCCAGGACAAGGAAGGCAUCCCUCCUGACCAGCAGAGGCUCAUUUUUGCAGGCAAGCAGCUGGAAGAUGGCCGUACCCUCUCCGACUACAAUAUUCAGAAAGAAUCUACCUUGCACUUGGUCCUGAGGCUGAGGGGUGGUAUGCAGAUCUUUGUGAAAACCCUGACUGGCAAGACCAUCACCCUGGAGGUAGAGCCCAGUGACACCAUUGAGAAUGUGAAAGCCAAAAUCCAGGACAAGGAAGGCAUCCCUCCUGACCAGCAGAGGCUCAUUUUUGCAGGCAAGCAGCUGGAAGAUGGCCGUACCCUCUCCGACUACAAUAUUCAGAAAGAAUCUACCUUGCACUUGGUCCUGAGGCUGAGGGGUGGUAUGCAGAUCUUUGUGAAAACCCUGACUGGCAAGACCAUCACCCUGGAGGUAGAGCCCAGUGACACCAUUGAGAAUGUGAAAGCCAAAAUCCAGGACAAGGAAGGCAUCCCUCCUGACCAGCAGAGGCUCAUUUUUGCAGGCAAGCAGCUGGAAGAUGGCCGUACCCUCUCAGACUACAAUAUUCAGAAAGAAUCUACCUUGCACUUGGUCCUGAGGCUGAGGGGUGGUAUGCAGAUCUUUGUGAAAACCCUGACUGGCAAGACCAUCACCCUGGAGGUAGAGCCCAGUGACACCAUUGAGAAUGUGAAAGCCAAAAUCCAGGACAAGGAAGGCAUCCCUCCUGACCAGCAGAGGCUCAUUUUUGCAGGCAAGCAGCUGGAAGAUGGCCGUACCCUCUCCGACUACAAUAUUCAGAAAGAAUCUACCUUGCACUUGGUCCUGAGGCUGAGGGGUGGGCAGUGAUUACUUACUGGACAUUUAUGUGGCUUCAGUAUUAAACAGUACUGUUUACAUUUAUACAUCUUUUGUUUAUAAAUUGAAAUAAAGUGUUG